GCCAUAACAGAAAGCACCCCACAUUAAAAAAAAAAACCCAGAAAUUAGUGGAAAAACUCACGUAGAAGCAAAACAAAAACCAUGCACAGUGACGCUCACCACUGAAUGCAAAAACCCUCAGUCCAAAAACUAAACACCUCCAACAUCUCCUCCACUUCCACCACCCACCACCUAGCACGAGGAUGACGCCAUGACAAACUCCACGGCCCAACCGGACCAGCACCAGCCUCCGCAACCAGAACAGCCACCAAGACCCCCACAAGUUAUCCGGAAACUUAUCGUGGAAGUUGUGGAGGCCCGCGACCUCCUCCCGAAAGAUGGCCAGGGCAGUUCAAGCCCAUAUGUCGUCGUGGAUUUCGACGGCCAAAAGAAAAGAACUUCCACUGUCCACAAGAACCUCAACCCUUCUUGGAACGAGACCCUCGAGUUCGUCGUCUCUGAUCCUUCCACCAUGGAAUACGAAGAGCUCGAGAUUGAGGUUUACAACGACAAGAAGCUCAGCAGCGGGAAUGCAAGAAAAAACCAUUUCCUCGGCCGAGUUAAAAUUUACGGCAGUCAGUUUUCUAAGAGAGGUGAAGAAGGGAUAAUUUAUUUUGCACUUGAGAAAAAAAGUGUGUUCAGUUGGAUUAGGGGUGAGUUGGGGCUGAAGAUUUAUUACUAUGAUGAGCUAGAGGCCCCGCCUGAGCCACCACCUCAGGAGGAGCCCCCGCCGCCGGCCCCGGCGCAGACGGCGGAGGAAGGCAACAAACCGCCGGGUGUCGCUGUGAUUGAGGAAUUGCCCCCGAUGAGGAUUUUGGAGGUUCCGCUACCGACGGAGAUUGCUAUGGAGGUGAAAGAUCAGUUCCCGCCGGUUGUUACGAUUGAGGAGUCUCCUCCACAGCCACCGCCGGCCAAUGCGGCGCCGCCGGAGCAUGUUAGGUAUGUGGAGGUGCACGUUCCGCCGGUGAUGGAGUGCCCGCCGGAGGUGAGGAGGAUGCAGGCCGCGGCAGUCGGGAGAUGUAGCGAGAGAGUUAAGGUCGUGAGGCGACCAGUGAACGGAGACUACUCGCCGAGAGGCAUUCCCGGGACCGGAGAUGCAUCGGAAAGGAUUCCAGCGUACGAUCUUGUGGAGCCGAUGCAGUAUUUGUUCAUUCGGAUCGUGAAGGCCCGCAAUCUGGCUCCGACUGAGAGCCCGUAUUUAAAGAUCCAGACCUCCAGUCACUCUGUCAAGUCUAGACUCGGGUCAACCCGACCCGGAGAGCCUCCAUCCAACCCGGAAUGGAACCAAGUGUUUGCUCUAUGCCACAAUAGAGCGGAGCAUUCCCGUUCAACCCUCCAAAUCUCCGUCUGGGACUCCUCGUCGGAAAGGUUCCUCGGUGGCGUUUGCUUCGACCUUUCCGACGUGCCUGUGCGUGACCCACCGGACAGCCCGCUCGCUCCCCAGUGGUACCACCUUGAUGGCAGCGGCCCCGGCGGAGGAGGUGAUGGCCAGGACAGUGUCCCUGGCGACAUUCAGCUAUCAGUUUGGAUAGGAACUCAGGCCGACCAUGCUUUCCCGGAAGCUUGGAGCUCCGACGCCCCUCCAAACCACGUGGCUCAUACGCGCUCAAAAGUAUACCAAUCUCCUAAGCUAUGGUACUUGAGAAUUACAGUGAUUCAAGCCCAAGACCUCCACAUUGCUCCGAAUUUGCCCCCGCUAACCGUCCCGGAAAUUCGGAUCAAAGCACAACUCGGGCUUCAGUCGGUUCGGACGCGGAGAGGGUCCAUGAGCCACCAUGCUCCCGCGUUUCACUGGAACGAGGACUUGAUCUUUGUAGCCGGAGAGCCACUGGAAGACAACCUGAUAAUAUUGGUAGAAGAUCGGACGGGUAGAGAUCCGGAAAUUCUCGGGUACGUGAGGAUUCCUCUAGUCUCGGUUGAGCAGCGGUUCGAUGAGCGGCACGUGGCGGCGAAGUGGUCGGGGUUAGAGGGCGGACCAAAUGGGGCCUACUGUGGGAGGGUACAAUUGAGAAUGUGCUUGGAGGGAGGGUAUCACGUGCUAGAUGAGGCGGCGCACGUGUGCAGCGACUUCAGGCCGACGGCGAAGCAGCUGUGGAAGCCGGCCAUUGGGAUUCUGGAGCUCGGGAUUUUGGGCGCUCGCGGAUUGCUGCCGAUGAAAUCCAAGGGCGGAGGGAAGGGGUCCACGGAUGCUUAUUGUGUUGCCAAGUAUGGGAAGAAAUGGGUCCGAACCCGGACCGUUACGGACAAUUUUGAUCCACGGUGGAAUGAACAGUACACCUGGCAGGUCUAUGAUCCGUGCACCGUUCUAACCAUCGGAGUAUUUGACAACUGGCGGAUGUUUGCUGACGCCGGAGAGGAGAAGCCGGAUUAUCGGAUUGGGAAAGUUCGGAUUCGGAUAUCCACGUUGCAGAGUAAUAAGGUGUACACAAAUUCGUACCCGUUAAUGGUUUUGUUAAGAACCGGAUUAAAGAAAAUGGGUGAAGUCGAGGUGGCGGUUCGAUUUGCCUGUCCGUCAUUGUUGCCGGAUACUUGCGCGGCUUAUGGGCAACCUUUGCUGCCGAGAAUGCACUAUCUCAGGCCAUUGGCGAUAGCUCAGCAGGAGGCAUUACGAGCGGCGGCCACUAAAUUGGUGGCGUCAUGGUUGGGGCGAUCGGAGCCACCGCUCGGGCCGGAGGUGGUUCGGUAUAUGUUGGAUGCGGAUUCACAUACAUGGAGCAUAAGGAAAAGUAAGGCUAAUUGGUUUCGGAUAGUGGCCGUACUGGCUUGGGCGGUUGGGUUGGCUAAAUGGUUGGAUGAUAUCAAGAGAUGGAGAAACCCGGUUACGACGGUUCUAGUCCACAUAUUGUACUUAGUGCUAGUGUGGUACCCGGAUUUAAUCGUGCCGACCGGGUUCUUAUACGUGUUUCUUAUCGGUGUAUGGUAUUAUCGGUUUAGGCCGAAAGUACCGGCGGGCAUGGAUAUCCGGCUUUCCCAAGCCGAGUCGGUCGACCCGGAUGAGUUGGACGAGGAAUUUGAUACGAUUCCGAGUUCAAGACCGGCCGAAAUUAUUAGAAUGAGAUAUGACCGGUUGAGGUUGUUGGCAGCAAGGGUCCAAACAGUUUUGGGUGAUUUUGCAACUCAGGGUGAAAGGGUCCAAGCAUUGGUGAGUUGGAGGGACCCCAGGGCCACCAAAAUUUUUAUCGGAGUGUGCCUUACAAUUGCAGUGGUACUCUACAUUGUGCCACCAAAAAUGGUAGCAGUAGCCCUUGGAUUCUAUUUUCUGCGGCAUCCCAUGUUCAGGGACCCAAUGCCCCCAGCCAGCUUGAAUUUCUUUAGGAGGCUUCCCAGUUUAUCUGACAGGUUGCUGUAGUUUUGUAGAUUUUUUUUUUUAAAAAAAAAAGCAAAAAAAAAAAAGAGAGAGUACUAUUUAGAAGAUUAAUAGAGAGAGUGGUCAAUUUUUGGCGCCAGGAAUUGUGGGACUGAUGGAAGAUUAUUUGAUGAUUGGUGAGUGUGAAACUGUGUCUGUUUGGGCAUGGGAUCUGUUGAAAAGUUGAUUGAUUAAUAACAUGGGAAGAAGUGAAAAGUGAGGCAGGCAAGUGGGAUUUGGAGCUUUUUGAUGUUUGAAUUCAUUGACUAACUGUUGAAAUAAGGAAAAAAAGGUAGGGGAAAUAUAGCCAUAAAGGGUGGGGGGGAGUUUAGAAAAGAGGAGGCAGAGAUUUGAAAUGAAGGUUACUUGGGCUGUGAUGAUGUCCUGAAAAGCACUAACAUAUUAUUGUUGGUUUUGCAUUUUAACAUCAUCAAAUGUAAAACCAUUCUAGUACUAGAACUUUUGC